AUGUCAGAUCCCACGGUGGCUGAUACUCGCCGGUUAAAUUCAAAGCCUCAGGACCUGACGGAUGCUUAUGGUCCCCCCAGCAAUUUUCUUGAAAUUGACGUUUAUGACCCACAAACUGUUGGAGUCGGGCGGAACCGUUUCACAACUUACGAAGUCCGUAUGCGGGUAGGUUGCAAAAGAUAGAGAUCUGUCGUCACAUAGCUAGCUAAAGCUACAAACAUUUUCAGCUAUGUAAUUAGUUAUAGUUAGCUAACGUUAGAUGGAUGAAAAUCGAGGCCCAGGACUUAGUCCGGCCUACUCACUGAGGUAUAAAGAACAGGCCUACUAGCUAGCUAGCUAACCUAGCAUUGUGAGCUAGGGAAGUUGUUACAAUUGCUUUUGAGUUAACGUUAACUUUCUAGCCCUUUUAGGCUAACAGGGUUCGGUAACGUUAGUUAAUAUUUACUUGUUGGCUGUCUCUAUUGACGAGAAUAUUCAAUAUUCUUGUUUCUGUUUUCAUUAAAUGCAGACAAACCUGCCGAUUUUUAAGUUGAAGGAUUCUAUUGUGCGAAGAAGAUACAGUGACUUUGAGUGGUUGAAGAAUGAGUUGGAGCGAGACAGCAAGGUGAGUGAAAGAUUGUAGUUAUUUGUUUUUGGGUAAAAUGUGUUUUGGACAGGACCUAUAUUGAUGGACUAUGAUAUACUGUAUCUACAUAUCAUUACAGUAGGGUUUUCCUCAAUGGUGAUGUCUACAUAAGUUACUUAUUACAUUACUAAUGUCAUUAGUUAGAGUAAUACUUAUGUAAUGAAUGAAUCAUGAUUAAGUUAAUCAGCUAUUUUAACGGCUAUGGACUAAAUGCAUUGCUAUUGAUUUAUUCCAGAUUGUAGUGCCGCCCUUGCCUGGGAAGGCACUGAAGAGACAGCUACCUUUCCGUGGGGAUGAAGGCAUUUUUGAAGAGGCUUUCAUCGAAGAGCGACGUGUGGGUCUUGAGCAGUUCAUCAACAGGUGGGUCUUCAUUUACCAAACAUUAGAGGAUCAUCUUGAGACAACCGAUGCCAGGCGAAAAUAUACAUUUUGCACUAACCAAGAUCAACGUUUUGUAAUUAUGUGAAAUAACCUGCAACAGUGUUGUAGUGGCUGAUUUGGAUUGGCUUCUGCUGGUGUGGAUAAUUAAAAUAGUCAUAUUUCUAGACACCAUUUUUUUAAAUGCACAGUUGGCAAGAUGUUUAAAUGCAUAUAUUUUUUUUAAUAAAUUAAUGUCUUUCUCUUGUUUUCUUCUAGAAUUGCAGGUCAUCCUCUCGCUCAAAACGAGCGCUGUCUUCACAUGUUUUUGCAGGACGAGAGCCUUGACCGUAACUACAUUCCCGGAAAGGUACGGCCGUAGGGUUUGGAGUUGGGAUUGACAAUGGGGUGUGGAAAUUAUUACUUUUUGCUGUUCUCCCUCUCUCUGCUCUCCUUCUCUCAUUGUUAUGUUUACACAGUGCUCUUUGCCAUUCAAAGUAGUGCAGUACUUGUACUUGAUAUUUUGUAUACACUACUGUGUAUGCUAAAUUGAGUAGUGUGUUUACUGAUUCUAUUUAUUCUCUCUUUUUAUACAGGUAUGAAUGAAGUAAGUUUGACUGUAUAUUUACUUUUUUUACACUCUAAAAUCUUUUGGAAGUCAGAUGAUAGCAUGGCCACAAAAUCUUGUAAUGUCAGGUGUCAGUUCGCACAGCUAUUAUAUUUAUGCUUCUUAAUUAGUAAAAAAUAAUCUGACCUGACUUUACACAAUGUGUGGAACAUCUUUCACUAAUGGAUAGACGAAAUCUGAUCAUAAGUGACACAAUUGUUUGGGAUCCAGAUCCAGUGAUCCAGAGGCGAGAUGUGCGUAGCACCGGCCAGGACCCAUCUGAUUUAUCACCUCGUCCCGAUAAAGCAUACAGAGCCCUAUCCCCGUCGCAGCCACCUCUGACAGCUGCUUCUGUCUCUAAUGCCUUGUACUGUAUAUACAUGUAUAUUCUUCUAUGUACCCCAGCAACACCGGUUCACGGCCCUCCGCAGCCUGUAA